UGAUGUAACGCCGCUUGGUGCCCAUCAGUGUUUUGUGUUUUGCGCGAAGUUUUGUUUAUUUUUACAAGCUCUUUGUCUCUAAACUAGCUGAUGGACUUAUUUGUAAACGUAUAUAGCUAUGUUAAUAACUGAACUGACUGUUGUGUGGUGUUAACAAAAUGCCAUAUUACUGCACAGUGCCCCGAUGUACUUCCAUGGCUGGUAAAGCCAAAAACGUCUCCUUCCACCAAUUUCCGAGGGACGAGGAGUUAGCAAAGCUUUGGAAUGACAUACUCAAAAGAGGGAAGCCCUACACGAAGUAUUCCAAAGUCUGCAGCUUGCAUUUCAAGCCCGAAGAUUACACAAUAACAAGUGUUGGUAAAAAUAAAGGUCAAUGGCGUACUCUCCGCAAAGAUGCUAUACCAUCACAAAACUUGCCAACAGACAAUCCGUCUUCGUACGUCCGAAGAGACAGGAACACAGGCUCGUGGGUGCCAAGUAGUCCAUCUCCUGGCUUCAUAGAUACCAGGAUGCAACAACAGAUGGCUCAAGCUAUAUAUGUACAGACCAUGCUGGCGAUGCACGCUGCGGGGGCGACAGAGUCUCUUUCAGUCAACAGCACCAAUGGCGCGCCAGGUUUGGAUAAUCAAGACAACGGCCGGCCAACAUUAGAACAACUACUGAAAACAACAGAUAAUACAACGGAAUCUGAUGCUGAAACCGUUUCAUCAUACAAAUGUACGGAAUGCCUCAAAUGUUUCAAAGAUCCGGACGUAUUCAAACUCCACAAGAGAGUUCAUGUGAAAGAUGAUUCCAAUUGUAGUGAAAAGGAGAAUUUGACAGAAGGACAAACAUUGAAAUCUAAUCCUAUAUUAGCUAAUUUACUAAGAUCUAACACGGGUAAUGUCAAUAGUUCUGAUACGAGUAAUAUUAUGAGUAUAGAAAAUCACAUUAUGGCCGCUUUGGCUGUCAAUAUGGAAACGUAUAUUAGGAGUGUGUCAAUGUUGAAAGGCAGUUUGGAUACGGUUGAUAAUAGCAGAGAAUCAGAAGAAAAGAACGGGUCAGACGGAGAUUCGGAUGAAUCUAAUAAUACCGUUACAGAAAUAGUUGAGACGAGAGAUACUAGUGAUUUGGUGGUCGAUGAGAAAUCAUAAAAAAUAUAGAUACAUUAUACAUAUGAUCACGUCUAUAUCCCUUGCAGGGCGUACAGAGCCAACGGUCUUGAAAGACUGACGGGCCGCGUUCAGCUGUUUGGCUUGAUGAUAGAAUUGAGAUUCAAAUAGUGACUGGUUACUAGCCUGUCGUCCAAAUGAAGAAUCCCAACAUUAUAAGCCUGUUCCUUAGUCGCUUUUUACGAUAUCCAUGGUAAUGAGAUGGAGUGGUCCUAUCCUUUUUUUUAUUGGUGCCAGAAACCACACGGCACUGAAAGAUAUAGGUUUUUGUGAUAACAGGUCAAGUACUGGAAUACAAUAUACGUCGCCUCGGCGAUAUUCGACUGAACAGAAGAGGGCAAUCUACCGCCGAAUUAAUCCGAAUGACAACUCAAUACAAUAACGACCUUAUUACAAGUGCAUUAGACUUAAAAUACAAAAACAAUGUGUCAUGCUAUCUCGCUCAUAAUGGUAGUACAAUAGCGGACAAUUCGGUUCGCGGAUUCAAAUGGAGCGCUCUGAUUGGCUCAGGCGUUCAAAAAUUUUCGCGCCAUAAAAACAUUACACAUUCCACGCGGGUUACUUAUUAAAUCGGUAAUACCGUAUAAAGCUAUUAAAUUAUCGGUAUUUUUUAUGUAUAAUAAUCAGAGAUCGGAAUAGGUAGAUUGCAUUGGGGGUCAAUGAACUGAAACGUAUAUAUUAAUAUGGACAUGCCUCCGGGAUUGCGGGAUUUGUAAAUUAUUAAGAUUUUUUCCGGAAUUUUUACAAGUGGGAUGAAGAAUAUAUUAGUGGUAAUUGUUUUCCCCCGACUUCGUUGACGUAAAUUGUACUCCUAAGUUACCCGCGGAGAAUGUAGUUUACUGUAAGUGUAAGUACUGAAAUGGAAUCCCGGAAAAGGCUUAUCCAUGUUAUGCAUUCUAUGGUAAUUCAUGAUGCAAGUACAUAAAAUCAAUCUACCUAUUCCGAUCUAUGAGAAUAAUGCAACUAAGAUGUAUCCGUGAUCCAAUACGGGUCAGGUUCCCACGCAAAGGUAGCGGAGGUCAGACGGGAGUCGCUUCGUGUAAAAACCUGACUCACCCAAUCCAGGAUCCAUGGUCACAGGAAUCCCUGGGCUCGUCACCAGAGUGUUGAUCACUCAUCAGAGACUAACGCCCGGUAGAUGAUGAUUUUAUAAUUAAAGACUAACUUACUACUAUUUAUUAGUGUCCGACCGAAGGUCUAUUUUUGGCCGAAGCCGAAGGUUUAUAUUCUCUCAGCACUCAGUAAUUAAUUUUGUUCAAUAUUGUCUACAAGCUACAAUUAAUAUUAAAAUCAUUUCAAAACCUCAAUAUUGAAGGUUUAUAUAUUGACUGUCUCAUAUAGAAGUUGAUGAUAUAUCAUAGAGGUGGUUGGUUAAGAGAUAAACUAGCUGUUGCCCGCGACUUCGUCCGCGUAAAUUUCGAGUUGAAUUUUAAUCAUACAGUCAGAUACAGACAGACAAAAAAUGUAAAAAAAAAUUCUCUAUCCGUUUCAGUCAAAAUAUUAAAUGUACAGAAAAAAUAUUUUUACCGUUUUAUUAUAUGUAGUAUUUUGAUUUUCAGUUUUUUUACAUAAAAUACUCAAACAAUACAAAAAAAAUAUAUUUUUAAUAAUAAAAAAUAUGUUGUAAUUGUUGGGAUUCGAACUUGGACCGCCAACUUCACAGUCUCACGGGCUAACCACUGGACCAUCGAAGCCGUUGCGUUGGUGUCGAAAUUAAAGUAGACUACAUACAUAUGGUCACGUCUUUAUCCCUUGCGGGGUAGACAGAGCCAACAGACUUGAAAAGACUGAAUGGCCACGUUCAGCUAUUUAACUUAAUGAUAGAAUUGAGAUUCAAAAAGUGAUAGGUUGCUCGCCCAUCGCCUAAAAAAGAAUCCCAAGUUUGUAAGCCCAUCCCUUAGUCGCCUUUCACUUAUAUUUAUAUGUUAUAGGUAUAAUGCCGUCGUAUAAUGAUAAAUGACUUUGAAUUUUUAAUUUCGUAACUUAUUUGCCGGCAUACUGAUACCUUGAGUUCAUUCAAAUGUCGAUAACUUUUUUUUUUGUGAACCGAUUUUGAUGAAACAAACUUUAAAUGUUAUUCUGAGUUAAAACAAAGCAAUUGGUGAAAGUUUGAAGUAAAUCGGUUUAGUACUUUCGGAGAUAAUCGUGAUCAUACAUACAGACAGACAGACAAGAAAUCAAAAAAAAAUAUUUUUGCUUUCUAUUAUUCAUUCUAAUUGUCCCUCUAUCCAUUUCAGUCGAAAAUACUAAAUGUACAGACAAAAUAUUUUUACUGUUUUAUUAUAUGUGUAGAUAAAAGUUUGUGAUUUACCUACUGGUAAAAAUAAUGAUUUGAUUUCUUACAAAAACACUCGUUUAAAUACACGUACGGACUUGUUUUGAUGCAUGCAAUCAGCAAUGUGAUAUUUUGACAGUGACUCCCCGCCGCCUCAUGACUUUCGUAACAGUUCGUUCAAUCUCGACGGUCGCUCGGACCUUCGGCGGAACCUUCGGCUUCGGCCGGAUUUUGGGCCGAAGCCGAAUGUUUCGUCGAAGGUGGAUUUUUUGGCCGAAGGUGGCCGAAGCCGAAGCCGAAGCUUCGGUCGGACACUACUAUUUAUAAAUAAUACUGGUAUUAAACGGACGUGUCGAAACAUGUUUUGAGUCGCUCUGUGACCACGGAUCAUUGUUACGUGACUCGGAAAGUCCGAGAUAAAAUACCUUUAUUUUAUAUCAGACGUUUAUAUCGAAUAAACUAUAUCUAUAUCUCGCGACGUUUCGAAUCACGUAACGUGCGCGUUUAAUAUAUCUGUAUUAUUUAUAAAUAUAUAAAUAUAGUAUAAAGACUAAUUGUGUAGACUAGAAAUAAGACUGAUAUUUUUAUAAUUAAAAUUGUUAACCAAUCAUUGUAAUUUAAGAAAAUCCUAACCAGGCAAAGGGCGAUAUUCUUAAAUUUAGUGAUGCGAAUGUAUCAAUCGAUAUCGAAUGUCAAUCGAUAUAUUUAAAUUUAUCCCAGCUUUUUAUUCAGCUAGAUUCUAAAUUUAAGAAUAGCACUCUCUUUGAAAUUAAGGAAGUCCUGGCAAAGGGUCAGGUGGAGAGUACCCGAAACCACCGAGCUUGCAUGAAGUGAGUUAUGAAUGUGGAUGAAGCGAAGGAAGUGUGCAGAGAUCGUGAUGAAAAGAUGUAGUCUCUGCUUCCCCGGGAAAAAGGCGUGAUUUUAUGUAUGUAUGUACUCCCUUUACAUAAUAUAAGUUUAUGAAAAUAUAUAGACUGAAAUUAAGACUUGUAAUCAAACGAUAACCCACCAUUUUUUUACAUUUAAUUUUAAGACUUUUUUUGUAUAUUUAUUUAGGAUUAAUUUUGUGUUGAAUGCACUCAGAAAACCGUAUAAUUAAGUUAAAUUAUGUUUUUUUUUUUUUCAUUUUUACGGCAGCGCCGCCUCAUGGAUUGAAAUUAUGAUUAUGAUAAAAAAUCAACAACUGUAAAUGUAUCGACUGUCGAUACAAAAGUUAAAUGCGUUAUCGAUACUCAAAUUAUAAAAAAAGUAUAAAUUUUUUUCUUAAAAUAAUAUCUUAAUCAAAAAUCUAAUGGAAAUUAAAAACUUUAUGGAGUCAAGUGGAAGGUACUUAUAAUAAAUUACAAACUAAGGUGCGAGGGAUUUAUUGGCUCACUCACAUUCGAUUAAAAAUAUAGCAAUUCUUAUUUUUAUAAAUCGUUUUUAUUUUUUCUCAUAUUCUCAUCAAUCAAAGAAAAAUAGGUAGAGAAAUUCUUACUUUUAAUGAAUAGAAAUGAUUGAACGGCAUAAUUAAAUGAUAAUAACUCGUAUAGUGCCUUAGAACAGUUAUAGUUUUUGUAUAAAAUUGUACAUUCUUAAUUUUAAGUUAAUCAUAGUUGAAACGCUUAAAGUUAAGGAAUAAAUCUUCUACUUCCAUUUUUUUUUAAUUUAUGGAACGCUUUGUUAAGAAGAUCUCUUAUAUCAGUAAAACUUUUUUUUUAUUAAAACUUUGUGUUGCCAGCACAGCAGUGUUGUGUUAUUGAAAAAUGUUCUAAAUUAUGUAUGAACUUUACCUUUAAAAAUAUACCUAUAUUAUUAGUACACAAAGACUGUAAUUUACAUAACUCGUAUUUAUACUGAUAAAUGUUUUAUAAAUGUAUGUCUAUAAUUUCUACAUUUUUUAAUUUUUUUAUUGUUGCACUAUUUUACCAAAAACCCUAAAUGAUGCAACAAAAUUGGGUUAAUUCUAUAUUUGUAAAAAAAAACAUUUCUAUAUUAAAUUAUAUCGAUGAUUAUUACUUAUCGAUAGAAUUGCUUAUACUAUCGACGCAAUUCGUCUACAACACUGCUCCUUAAAAGAAGUAUUAUACACGUCGAUUAUAGUUACUAGCUGUGCCCGCGACUUCGUCCGCGUGGAAUAGUUAUUUUGGGCAUCAUUGAAGCCCUCAAGGAUGAAUAAUUUUCCCCGAUUUUAUUUCACAUUUUCCAUUAUUUCAUCGCUUCUCAAAGUUGCAGCGUGCUGUUGUAAAGCCUAAAGCCUUCCCCGAUAAAUGGUCUAUUCAACACAAAAAUAAUUUGUCAAUUCGAACCAGUAGUUCCUGAGAUUAGCGCGUUCAAAUAAACAAACUCUUCAGCUUUAUAAUAUCAAAUCUAUAAAAGCGUAUCUAUCUGUACUAUAGAUAGGUACGAUAAAAAAAAUUCUUUAUCGUAAGAUACGAUUUUUUUCACAACACUAUUUCUAUAUACUUUCUCACAACACUAUUUUUACGUAUUUUUUCACAACACUAUUUCUACAUAUUUUCUCACAAAACUAUUUCUACAUAUGUAUAUUUUUCACCACUGCGCUGUUUGAAUGUCAAAGGUUUCUUUUAAAGGCUUCAGUCGUGGAGGUUUUGCGUGUUAAAGCUAAGAUUAAAAAAUGAGCCUUUUAUGGUAAUAUCCUUAAUAGCCUAAGAGCUAGUGAACCCUCCGAGUAACGGUGUUCCUGUAAGGCUAGAAAUUGGUAGAGUGAUGAUUCAUAGCACACCAAGGCCAAAAAUCA